AAGAGAACACUACGAGCUCGGACUUAACGCAUGUUUUGUAUAAAUUUCAAUAAAUACUGAAAAAUACAAUAACAGAAUAUAAAAUGAAGUUUACAUUGAGUGUCCUGGUGAUCUAUGGAUUAAUUGCUCUCGGCUGCUCAGCACCGCUUGACGACUCGGCGAAUGCACGACUGUUGCGUUACGAUUUUGACAAUAUCGGAGUAGAUGGUUACGAUUUUAGUUUUGAAACUAGUGACGGUACCGAACGCAAGGAGAGUGCAGAACUUAAGGAUUUUGGCGGAGAUAGUAAAGCGCUCAUAGUAGAUGGCUUCUCGACAUGGAUAGCGCCCGAUGGCCAAAAAUACACACUGCAUUAUCUUGCUGAUGAGACAGGCUUCCAUCCAUGGGGCGACCAUUUGCCACAAUUUAAGCCAAAAUAUAAAUCUUAAACUAAAGAUAUUUCUGUACACAUUAAUAACUUUAACUUCUUCUUCUUGUUAACUGGUGUCUACACCCUUACGUGGUUAUAGCCGAGUUAAAAGCUAAUAAUUUAAACUAGCACUUUAAAAUGUCAACUAUGUUCACUAUGAAUUAAUAUGAUAAUAAUAAAAAACUUUACAGUAUU